GCCUCCCGCCGCAACAGGUGCCGGACUGGCUGGCGAGAUCGUUCCUCCAACAACCACCGGGCCCGCAACAACGACAACCGCGCGGACCCAUCGCGGACCAGCAAAGGCCCCGACCCCAGCACCAACGCGAAUGGCACCAGGGCCAAGCGCAGAGGGAGCAGUAACAGAACACAGCACCGCACAGCCAAGGCAAGGAAAUGGGGACUCCCAUUCCAUUGAUGAGAACUAG